UCUCGCAUUUGUUGUUUACUUUGAAAAGUUAUUCCUCGUGAUUACAAUCGAAUUGGAGGCUGCAAGAACAAUGCGGAAGUCAUAAAAUAUAUUGAGAAAGAAAGAAGCAACAACGAAUUAGAAUAGCAGGCAAGACUCUAGGCUGAUGCCAUGUUUGGUUUUUCGUUUGUUGUGUUUUUUUGAAGAAUAUGAAGAUCUGCAGCGUCCAGGUAGAAUAUGUGGUGGUUUUUGUUUUUAUCGUUAAUGCUGUCGGAAAGUAUUCGUGUUUUCGAGUAGAGAGGCUUUCGACAAGAGCUGGAGAUGUUUUCGAGAAGAACACUCCGAUAAUGGUAGAUGGCAGUACAAUGACAAUAAGUGACUGUAAUGUUGGAGGCGAGGGGAACGGGUACUGGAAAAACAGCACUCAUUGUCAAUGUAGCUACGAUGAAACUUUCGUCAUAGAUUGGGACCAAAGGAAAGCUAAGUGCAUGGAGGAAUAUGGAGAAGACAGAAAGGACAUGGGAUGUAAGUUCCAUUUCAGUAGAAUUAAUUAUGUUAAAAAUUUGAAUCCAACAAGUGCCAGUCGAGACAUAGGCUCAGUAUUGUAUGAUGGAGACCUUUGCAGCUCAUUCUCACUCCUGAAGGCAGAAGUAUGGAACAUAAAAUGGGAGGUGAUCCCUGAUGUUUUUGUGAUCAGCAGCGAUGGCAAUCUUAAGUGGUCAUCAGGCAAUCCAACCAUCGUAGCAAGGCGAUAUGCUGGGACACUAAUCAAACUUGAUCUGCAAGCAUACAGACGAGGAAAAAAGAAAGAAAGCUGUUUGUUGUUAAAAAUGACAGGCACCAGAUACUACCCAUUGACUUUUCCUGUGGAACAAAGCUCCCAAGGGCUGGUUUCCACUACAACGCUUCAAAGUAGUCAUUAUAGAUUGUCUUCUUCUGAAUCAAUACCACACUCAAGAAAUUUUCAGCUGACAAAGACAUUAUCAGUUACGGAUACCCCAAAGCUAAGCUCUAUAAUUUCACAAUCGUCAGGAGCAUCAGCAACUACUUCAGCAAUCGAAAGAAGAUCAACGCAAACAGUAAUGACGACACCAAUGUCACUGACAGGUGUCUCCCAAGUGAAAGUGACAAUGUCGUCAUCAGUGCACAGGAUGACAACAAGAAGUGUCUCUCAGCCAUCUGUUAACCCAAAGACUCAGUCAAGUAGCACAGAAGCGCCAACCUCAGCACUAAGAACCCCAACCUCAGUUCUGUCGACAAAUAGCAUACUCAGAUCUUAUUCAUCUAAAUUUUUGCCCAUAUCCUCCAAGAUUUCACCAAGCUUAGCUGUAAUGCAAAGCCCAAGCUCCUUUGCAAAGUCACUUGAAACAUCUUUCCUUAAACUUCAAACUGAUACUUCUUACGGAGAGCAAAACACAGUUCAUACCACAAAGGUGCCAGUGCAUUCGAUGUUCUUGUCUUCUGUAGGCAUCCAAAUUCCUGGCGUAGGAGCUGCGGCCCAGAAGCGGUCCAACAAGGAGACAGUGAUGAUUGGUGCAACGAUUUCUGCUGCAAUUGUUUUUGUGUUUGCUAGCAUUGCAGUUUUUAUUUUGUAUAGGAAGAAACAUUUACCAAAAGGUAAAAACAGAAAAAGAAAGGAGACAUUAAAACUUGGAUUGACAAGCAAUUCGUUUACGAAUCACUCGACAAAUGAUGGCAGCAUCGACGGAGGAUCACUCAAGAAAAAUAUAGGUAACCCAUUGUAUCAAGAUCAUUUACGUUUGCGGACCGAAUCGGCUAAUGACAGACCCCCUGCCGCCGUAUACGAAGACGAAUAUUUAGUGCCGUCAGAGCCAGUUUACAGAGAAAUUAUUGAGGAUGGGCCAAUAUACUCAGAAACUGGUGGAAUUUACCAACCAAUUGAUGAGAACAAUGUCGGAUUGUCUGAGAGUUAUCAACCUCUAGACUCAGCAACUUUGACUCGACAAAAUGCACCAGGUUGCACCACAGCACACCAAGCCCCGAUUUAUCACUGCCUUGAGGAAGGUUAUGCUCCUCCGAAAGAUGCAGCGCAGCCACCAAUCUACCUCACCCUUGAGCAAGAGUCUCGCCAGAAACCAUUGUUAAGCGAACCAGUGUAUCAAGAGCUUGAAUGUGGCCAUGGUUCUGUCAAUGUCGUUUAUGAAGAAGAACAGGUUUAAUUGGUCUGUUGUACCGAAUCAAUUAUUAAUGGGGUUUAUGAGUCAUUCUCUUGCUUUUAUGACAAUCGAUUUAAGUACAACAUACGGAAGAGAAUUUUCUAUCAACUUUUAUGGGGAAUUUAUAAAGCUUUGGUUUUUUCAUGUAUUUAAUUUAACAUUUAAGAAUAAAUACCGGAAGUUGUUUUGGUCAGGAGCCCAGGGUGCAUUCCAUGUAGUUUACGCCGGAGAUCUCCGGCGUGGACUUAGCUUUUUCCUCGGCGUAGCGGCGUGAAAUUUGCUAUUUGCGAGCCUUGGCGCAUUGGCGUACGUGAUAAUUUUUCGCGAUCGGCGUAGCAAAAACGGUACUUGUACAGAAUACGUGGGCAGCCUGAUUAUAUUGAUAUGGACAGUAAAAGCAAUGCAAACUAUAUAUUAAUCGAAAGCUUUUAUGUUUUACACUUGGCGUAGCAACUAGAAUAGGUUGAAAUUUCUCUGGCGUGGGUCUAACAUGGAAUGCACCCUGGUCAGGAGCGGGUCAGGAGGCGAUUGUUAAAGAACUGGUCUUUAAAAAGGACAUUUCAACCGAAGGAUGUAUACCAAAGGACGUCCAUUAAAGUUCCCAUGAACGCUAAGAAAAAAUCUUUCAAUUGGCACAAAUACCCUUCUCCCUCUUCUGAGCCUGAUGGUUCCUCAAUGUAAAUUGUUUGUCAGAUCCGUUUAAUCCAAAGUAAAUCUACAUGACUUUUUUAUUAUUAUACGUUUUUGUACAUGAGUAUUUUUAUUUGUUGAUUCUUUUUUUGGUAAAAAAGAAAUAUUUGCAGCAUUAUAAACAAUCGACGUUGAAUUUUGUAAAUUGUGUCAAAUGGAUCCUUAAUAUUAUUCGACUUUGUAAUUCAAUUGAUACGGAUAUCAACGAAAA